UAUACGUGGCUGCAGAUCAAUCUUUUCGUUUUGUGGGACUGGCAGCAAGGUGUCACUCUUGUCCUCUACCUUGGAGAUUCGACACAGCUCAGCAACAAACUCAAGGGUUUUGCGACCAACAACCGCCAUGCGGACCCGUAUGCUUGGCAUGAGCUUCUGGCAACUGAGGUUGAGGGGCUUUAUAAUGAGUCAGUAUGGCAACUGCGGGACUUGACAAGGAGCAUUGAGAAAAGAAGAGACAGGAUCCAAGACCAGAUCACGGGCAAUACAGACUUUUUUCACUUUCACGAAGUCGGUCGCCACAUUAUCCAUUUGAAUGAGGCGCUGGAUGUUGCCGUACGAACUUUGGAGAAAACACAACGUUCUCAACGCCUUCUAAAGGAAUAUCUUCAUCGGUCGUUGCAAACUCUAGAGGAGAUCGAACCAAUGUUUGAAGAAACCAAGCAAGGGUUAGAGAAUCUCGAUUCUGAUUUCAAGGCUCUCCUCACGCGAUCAAAGACUUUAGAUGAUCGCCUCAAGAAUGAGAUCAAUUUGGCAUUCAACAUUGUAUCACAAGCAGACAACUCUGUUAUGAAGACUAUUGCAUUAGUCACGUUAGUCUUCAUCCCCGGGACAUUCCUUUCGUCACUCUUCGGUAUGAACUUCUUUUCUUAUUCACCGCCUAGCGAUAGCAGCAGCGGCUCGACUAGCAUUAGUACGGCAUCGAACUUUUGGAUAUACUGGGCUAUCACCUUACCACUUACACUGUUCCUUCUGUGUGCUUGG